ACAAAGGAGAGAAGCACGGAACUAUCACUGCCAGGAAAUGUCCAUGCCCCCUACCCUCUGGAAUCUUCCAUACUCUUCUAUUGGAGCUACUUAUGUUUGAAGAUGGUCUUCAUUCCUGUGAAGCACUUCCUUCCCUACCCCUCUCUCCUCAGCAAGCCCAUAUAAUUCCCCUUUGCCCAUCUUUCUAGGGUAUUGAUACUAUAGAUUUUUGUUAAUUCCGGUUUAGAGUUUGCAUUUAUGACUGUGUUAUUUAUAGCUGCAUUCUAUGUAUACUGUACUCAGGCAGGCCUUCGGGACUGUUCCACAAGGCACUGCUCUUACCACAGGAAAGACACUCCAUCUGUGUAGUUCCAUAGACCUUCCCAGUGGGCUGGGAUAUGGGGUGGACGACAGUGACGUCGCUGAUUUUCACUGCCCUCUCUUUCUCCCAUAGAAUUAAACUAAUCUGAGACUCGUUAACAAAACUUUUUUUUUUAAAAAGAGGGAAUAUGAUUUACAACAGGACAUAAACUAUUUUUAUGGUUGUAUCUCAAGUUUCAAAAGUUACUGUAAAAAGUUUUAAAUAAAUGUUAAUGAAAUUGCCUAGCAACAGAUUUCUUAGAAUAUAUCUCCUUUGUUAAAUGAAUGACAUGUGAUGUACAUUAAAGCGACUAUAAAACAUGUAGUAUUGCAAAUACAGAAGCUAGGGAAGAGUUUGUGCGGCCAGUGUCGUGACUCAGUAGGGAAAGGCAUCUGCUCCCAAACCUGACAACUUGAAUUGUGUCCCCAGGACCCCAAUAGCGGAAGGAGAUAACAGAUUUGGGCAUGUCGGCCUUGGCUGUGGCACACAUGUACACUUAUGCUAAAGGUUCAAACCGUAACAGCACAACUUGUGCUUACCUGCAGCUUCAUGAAGAAAACUUUGAAGUUACUACGCUCCGGAUUGAUGUCACCACUGAUGGAAGACAUGCAGAGGUAGAAUUCACAACCGACUGGCAGAAAGAUGCUGAACGAAGAGAUCUCACGAUAAAUUCUAUGUUUCUAGGUUUUGAUGGUACACUGUUUGAUUACUUUAAUGGUUAUGCAGAUUUAAAAAAUAAAAAGGUUCGAUUUGUUGGACAUGCUAAACAGAGAAUUCAGGAAGAUUAUCUUCGAAUUUUAAGGUAUUUCAGGUUUUAUGGCAGAAUUGUCGACAACUCUGGUGACCAUGAGCAUGACCAUGAGACUCUAGAAGCAAUUGCAGAAAAUGCCAAAGGCUUGGCUGGAAUAUCAGGAGAGAGGAUUUGGGUAGAACUGAAGAAGAUUCUUACUGGUGACCAUGUAAACCAUUUGAUCCACCUGAUCUAUGACCUUGAUGUGGCUCCUCACAUAGGUUUACCUGCUAAUGCAAAUCUAGAAGAAUUUAACAGAGUCAGUAAAAACGUUGAAGGCUUUUCACCAAAACCAAUGACUCUUUUGGCCGCUUUAUUCAAAGUACAAGAUGAUGUCACAAAACUGGAUUUGAGAUUGAAAAUUUCAAAAGAGGAGAAAAACCUGGGUUUAUUUAUAGUUAAAAACAGGAAAGACUUGGUUAAAGCAACAGAUAGUUCAGAACCAUUGAAACCAUAUCAAGACUUUGUUAUAGAUUCUAGGGAACCGGAUGCAACUGCCCGUGUUUGUGAGCUGCUGAAGUACCAAGGAGAGCAUGGUCUUCUCAAGGAGAUGCAGCAGUGGUCUGUCCCACCAUUCCCUGUGAGUGGGCACGACAUCAGGAAAGUGGGCAUUUCUUCAGGGAAGGAAAUUGGGGCCCUGCUACAGCAGUUGCGUGAACAGUGGAAGAAAAGUGGUUACCAAAUGGAAAAAGAUGAACUACUAAGUUACAUAAAGAAGACCUAAAAAAAUGAGCUCUAUAUGAAACAGUGCAAAGUCUUGAAGCUUCGUUUAAGACUAAAGGAAGAGUCAACAACAAAAAAAAUUAAACAGCCGUAUUACCCGGGAAACCAGCUGUGCACUGUAGAAGGCCGGCCUAUCAGAUUCAGGUUGGAAGCUUUAUACACAGUCAGUGUCUCAUGUACAUAUCCAUGAGGAUUCACAUAUGCUGCCAUAGGACCACAUAAAGAUAAACUGCAAACAAAGAAACAAUGUGGAGAAUAAGACUAUGAAAAGAAAAAGUAAUUCCAGUUUUUUACUUAUUUGGGAUAUAAGUUAUGCCUCAAUUUUAGGUAUUAUACAGUACUUUGUGUAAAAUGUUAAGACCAGUAUACAGGAGUUCGGGAGACAUUCUAUUGGCUUGAAAAUAUUCUUUGAUGAUUCAAAGGGAAAUAUACCAGUGUUUACAAAGCCAAGCCUAGUGAGGUCAGGUUUUUAUCUUUGGGACAGGCUUUACCCAGAUUAUCAGUUUCCUUACCUUCUUGAGUUAUAAUUCUAAUGAGUUCAUGUUUGACAGCAUUAGCACAUAUUCAGAGAGAGACCUACUCAAUUUUGGUCCUGUGUAGCAGAACUAGCUGAAAUGUAAUGCUUGAAGGAUGUCUCUAAACAAAUAUUAAGGGGAAAAACAUUGGAUAGAUAGUAGAGAUGUUUCCAGGCUGGAAGACAGCCUUCCCUGUGUUUAUGUUCUUUACUGAAUAUAUUUUAGGCACUGGAGGAAAUACAGAAAUUGGAACCACAGAAUUCUGAAAGGAAAGUUGGAAAUAUUGAUAGAUUAAAAAUAUAAUAAAGAUCUUACCUAAAUAUUU